AUGGGCGACAAGGCAGAGAAGUUUGCUCUUUCUCCAGAAUCCAUUCCUCAAGAGAAGCCUGUGGGGCCAUCCUCACCUCCAAACGGUGGUACACUAGCAUGGCUCAACGUACUCGGCAGCUUUAUGCUGUACUUCAACACAUGGGGCAUCAUGAACACCUUUGGCGCCUACCAAACCUACUAUGAGUCCGGUGCUCUCUUCCACUCCAGCUCGUCCGACAUAUCGUGGGUGAGCUCAAUUGCCGCAUUCAUGCUGCUGUUUGUCGGACUGUUUGUCGGUCCCAUCUACGACCGCGGCUACCUCCGAACGCUCCUCAUUGUGGGCUCUCUCAUGGUUGCUUUCGGGCACAUGAUGUUGAGUCUGUGUUCCGAAUUCUGGCAGGUUGUACAGUACGUCUCGAAACUGGUGUCACCACCUAUACUCUUCGGUUUUAAUUCGAACCCUAAUGCCAAGAUAUACUAUACUAUAUUAGGCAUAGACCCGGAAUAUCAAUAUUCCCGUAAUAUUACUUAUACAGUACCUUACGUUUGGUGA